AUGAUUGCAGCUGCUGAAAUAAGAGAAGCCCUCCAGCACGCGAUGAAAGUAUCACGGGAAGGUAGCUGUCAGUGGCCACGUGCGAGAGUAAUACCCGUGAGAGAUGUCUAUCCAAGCCCCUCAACGACUUACAUUCCACAUUGCGCGAUUCUUCACAGAUGCUCCGACGACACUGGCUGCUGUAGAUCCGAAUCGCUGACAUGUGUACCCAAACAGUUCCACAAAGUUGAACUAUACUUUUAC